AUGAGACUCAUCUCCAAAAACCCUGAAGGAAAUGUUUCAGGAAGCAAACCUUUGCAGGAGGAUGACCUUAAGUUAUACAGUUUUCCAGCUGAUUUAAAGGGUGUGACCUACUUGGAUGAUCUCAGCUCACCACCAGAUAACAAGAAAAAGAAGAAGAAAGAGGAAGAUCUGGAGGAUGCACUUUCACUAAAAGGAAAAAGACUGGAUUUUUAUGGAAGAGCUGACAUGUACGUGAGCCUGACCAACACGAUUCCUGAACUCACUCGAUUCACAGCAUGCAUUGACCUGGUAUUCGUGGAUGACAAAUCAAGUAAUUGGAUGGCCUUCUCCUAUAUUACCAGUAAUGCCUUCCUGGGCAGAGAAGACAUAAACCUUGGACUUGGAGGAGACCAUCAGCAGCUAAUACUACACAGCUUGGGCAAGACCUUUUAUAUCCGUUACCACCUGACUCCGUUUCAAUGGUAUACAGUCUGUUUGAUGUGGGAUGGUGUGAAGGGCAGAUUAGAGCUCUUCCUGAAUACAGAAAGGAUACUUGUAAUGAUGGAUCAACCACAAAACCUGACACCUAAUGGGACUCUGAUUCUAGGACACUCUCUUAUGAACUGGGACAGCCAGGUUGAAAGUGCACUGCCUGGCUUCACUGGCAGCUUGUACUACUUUCAACUUUGGGACCACAUCGUGGAAAAUGAGGAGUUUAUGAAGUGUUUGGGUGGAAAUGUUGUUAGUUGGGAAGAAGAUGUUUGGCUCAUCAACAAGAUCAUUCCAACUGUUGACAUGAGACUGCGCUGCUCUGUUUCUGAAAAUAUAACAAUUCAAGAAAUGAGUACAACUCUUUCACAACAAAUAGAUUUGACAACUCCAUCCCAAGUUACUGGACUAAAACCACAAGAAACUAUAUACUCUUCUACAAUGUUUAAAAGCAUGCCUGUAUUUGCAGCUGAUUAUACAGCCAUAUCAUAUUCCAACACAACAUCUCCACCUCUAGAAGCAAUAACUGCACCGAAAUUUUUAAAAACACCUGUAACUGAGACAACCAGAUUCACAGCAGACAUUUUGUCUACUUCAGCAGCCAUCACUCCGCCUACCAAAAGUACCUCCAUAGGCACUACUACCAAUUUCAUGAAAGUAACUAAACCUCCAUCUUCAGACAGCACAAGAACGACAAAAAUGGCUGAAGCCAUUGCUACUGAGACCUUGCAUCCGACUACAGCUGCUAAUUUUCUAUACACAUCUGGACUUAGCAAGAAUUCAAUUAUAUCCAAAACUUCAGUGACUGAGUCUCAGUCGACCAUUAUGAAGACAUCUUUAUUCUCAUCUGCUGAGUUGACAUCCAUAUCUGCAACAUCUUGGCUCAAACACAAAUCCACAGGUAUUGAGGCACUUUCUAUCUCCACAGCUAGACAGGAGUUUCUUGCCUCUACAGCUGCUGGAACAUUACCUAGGUCCACAGUGGAACAUACUUCAGCUACAACCACUCAUGUUGGUACUGCAUCAGCAUUCAUACCUGAGUCUGUGCACAUCUCCACAGUUGCUCCAGAAGGUUCGGUAUUUCCUAGAAAUCAGACAGCAUCCACGUUGGCAACAACCAACAUGGAAAUAGCAUCUCCAGUUCAUUCAAAAACGCUCCAAACCAGGCCUAUUGAGAUGAUGCCUGUGCUAAGAACAACUGAAACAAAAUUGACAUCUACAAAUUUCCAAGACGUCUCUUCACCCAGGAUGGAGGAUAUAGUAUCUACCUCCAUACCAAAAAAGGCCUCUUCUGUGGCCCUUUCUUUCAGGACAUCAACCCCAUUCUCUGGAACUCAGAGUUUACAGCCAGUUAUUGAUGCUGAGACUAUACAUACAGCCUUGACUCUUGGGGUCACACUUGCCCCCAUGGCAACUGACACUCUGCUUCCCCCCAUAACACCUAGGCCAAUAUAUACCCAGGAUAUACCCACAGGUGGUGGAAACAUGCUUCCUUUGAAUUCCACCAGAUCAGCUUCCACAUUCAAGGCCUCUGAGUCUGGUCCCACAUCAAUAACUGAUGAUGGUACUCAUCUGUUCUCCACCAUUGAAACUACACAGACUUCCAGGCCAGACCAGACCCUGUUGACAUCAGCAUUCCACGCUUCUAAUACAGGACAUUCAUCCACUACUAGCACUCCUAUUAUCCCACCAGAAGCCCCCUCAGAAAGCAAGGCUACCACUAUCACUGGUGCUGGUAUUACUGCAGGCACUACUACAGACAGAUACGCAAAACCUCUAUCCAAAUUGACUACUUUGUGGUAUGCUAAUUUCUCCACAGUUUUGGGAACCACAUCUAUAACCCAACAGCCUGAGUUUAAACUUACCACUUUACAACUAAAACCUACCCCUCUGUCCAUAGCAGCUGGAAGUGAACUUCCUUCAACGCCAAGGGAGACAUUUGUUCCACCAGUAGGUGUAAUAUCUACCCUUGCUAACGUUGAACCAAAUGUUUCUACUGAAGAGAGUGCUUCUGAGACCACAGUAAUAGAGACAAAUGGCACAGUUGCAUUUGGAGAGACAAUAGCCCCUGUCCCAGAGUCUGCAACAACACAAAGGUGCAGUCAUCCUGUGAUAAGGAUAGAAACAACUUCCCGUUAUCUUGAGGGAAAAUCAACUAUAGCGGUGACAACUGAGCUUUCCCCAUUUGCAACAAUGCUGGAAGCAACAGAUGAAUCUGCGCAAAUGGUAACAGCUUCUGUCACCGCUUCCCCUUUUCCUGACAUUGAAAAGUUGACCACCCUGUUGGAUAAUAAAACUACAACUACUGAGGUGAGAGGAAGCUGGCUUCCUACAAAAUUGAUGACAACCACACCUAAGAGCUCCUACGAUGGAACCACAGAAAUCUUUAAUUCCACUCACACCCACACAGCACAUUGGACUUCAGAGGCUCCACCUGUGGGGGAUCCAAAUCCAUCUCCCAUUUUUGGGAGCACACAGACAUUCCCUGAACUCCUGGGAACUUCUACCACAAGGAUAGUGGGGACCAGUUUUGCCACUGUCCUUACAGACAUGAUAGCCAUGUCCUUGUCUGCUGGUGUCUCACCUCCACAGCAUACAGCUACCCAUUCCUCAACAACCCCUGCACCAUCAGCUACGGUGACCACAACAUCGGUGUCACCGUUGGAUCAGACUGCUUCCACAACCAGGAAUACCGUGCCUACCCACAGACACUCGAUUCACACCACUUCAGAAGCCACAGUGUUCUCUGUCGGGAUGACACCCACAAAAGUUCCUUCUCUGACAGAUACUCCGGUCCCCUCGUGGAGACCUCCCGCUCCUGUGGCAACUAUGGCUGAGACCACCUUUCUCUUCCCUUCGGCUGACACAGUAACCCCAUUUACACCCACUCUUGUCUGCUCUAAAUCUCUCCCCGACAACAUUCCUGUUGUGUCCUCCACCCAUGUGAUCUCAACUGUGUUUACACCAGUAGCAACCCAACCCAUGUCUCAAAGGGAGGAGACUUCUACCCAUGCUCUUAGCCUUCCAUACACUCUCAACAGCAGUGGAGAUGUUGUUAGCUUGGCUACUAGCACCAUAGAAACUUCUGUUGUUGAUGAAACCAUGCCCUCACACACCUCUACCAAUAAGCUUACAGUAGAUGGUCACACUUCUCAAUCUUCAACACGUCUUGGAAACACACUGGUCGCCACCCUAUUAGUGACUGAUGUUUCUACCUUAUCUUCUGACAAAGAGCAGAUGACCAUAUCCUUGGGAAACACCUCUAGAACUGUGGAGGUGACAGAAAUGUCCCCAUCAGAGAAUCCUUUUAUUUCAGACUCCCAGAGUACUUCAUCCUUGGAAAUGACACAUUCAGGAUUUGCUGAGACCACAACAAUUUCCAGUCACCAAACACAUUCACCUUCAGAGUUUCCACUUGCCACUUCACCUGACAGGAUUUCAGCUUCAUCUCCCAUUUCUGGAACCACACAGACUAUACCUACCUCUAUCUUAAGUCACUCAGUAGAUGCUCACAAUCCAGAAAUGUCUACCAGUCUUGGGAAAACAGCCCUCCCUUCACAAGCUCUGACAAUCACCACACUUUUGUCUCCUGAAAAAGAAAGCAUCAGUACACUUUCAGUAUAUACUCCCAGAACUGAGAAAAUGAUAGUAAGUGCCACCUCUAUGACUCACCUUUUCUCAUACCACCAGGAUACCUCAUUUGUAGACACCGUAACUUCCAGGACAACCAGAAUAUCCAAUCCUGUAAAUGUCAACACAACUCUUUCAUACUUGCUUUCCCUGAAAACUCAAACUAAGAUGACUUCAGUUGCCUCUUCCAUUUCUGAAAGUGCGCAGACCUCCCCUGAGUCCUUGUCUCUUUCCACGACUGGACUUUCUCAUGCCAAUUUUACAAUUGUCUUUACUGAUGGGAUCACUACAGUCCUUUCUACUCCAAAUGCACCUACAGCACUUCUUGAGAAAACCCCUGUGGCAACAUCCACUCUUAUUGACCAGGUGUCCUCACUGCCAGUUAGCGUCACUGCUGUCAGCUCCAAAAGAGUUUCUGCCACUCCCACAAUACUAAUAACUAAAUAUUCUAAAACAGCACACCCAGACUGUUUGAAAAGUCCCUCAGCCACUUCUGGGCCUGUGUCUGAGAUGCCUUCAAUGUCAGUUAAUGGCUCUGCUUUCUCACCUCCUGCUGUUUCUAUUGACACGUCCACAACAGUUGGACCAUUCUCUUCGUUACUAUCUUCAACUACCCCUAGGACUACUAUGGCCCUACAAGCAUCUACAUUGGAUGUUGCACCUGGGCCUACUUCAAAAAGCACAUUGUUUUCCUCUGCUUCCAUUACUUCAGAAAUGACAGAGGUGUCCUCCAGGAUCACACCUACAUCCUUUUCCUCUCUGACACAGUCAACUUUUCCCUCUGUGAAAACCAUUCCAGCCACUGUUACAGCGGGGAUAGUGACUCCAUCCAUAGGCACCACUGCCUCCUCUUUGCUCAGUUCUAGGAACACUGGAGCUAUUUCUUCCAUUUCAAAGACCACAUUUUCACCAUUUCAAUCAACAACUCAACAGUUGUCACAAAGAGAUGAGACUACAACUCUGGGCAUAUUAUCUGGGACUACUAAUGGCUCCUUAUCUCCUGUGAGCAGUAGUAUAGUAACUGCUCUCACAAAUACUUAUUCUAGAACUGCUGCCCUAGAAAGUGUGCUUUCAUCUACUCCAUCAGAUAAUCUCCAUACUUCGUUGAAUAUUGAGGUUUCUCCAUCUUUGACUAGCUCCAAGAGCAUUCCUGGACCCACAAAAAGUGUCAAAGCCACCACUUACCUUUCUUUGAAUACAGAAAAGAUGACUUCCUUGUCAGAAAAUUCUUCAGCAGCUGAACUAACAAAAGGUGCUACAUCUGUGGAUACCCCUGUUUCAUAUCCUCUAUGGACUCCAUCCAUUGCAACUCCACCCUCUUUGACAUCAUUUCUUUUUUCACCCAAGUUCUCUACUCCAGAGACUUUUCUUCUUCUUACAUCCCAAAUGGCUGAAUUUCCAGUUCUGGGCACAAGAAUCACAUCUAGUAACACCAAAUCUCUGCUUAUGACUACCUGGGACACACCCACAGCUAAAGGAUCUCAACUUCCAAUUUCUGCCACUACUCGUAUACCUACACCCCACAAAGUGGAAACAGAGACUCCAUACCUUGUUCCUGGGUCUUUGUUGACAUUCACAGCCUCUCAGACUGGUCUUGUAUCUGAAGAUGUUAUGGCAAAAUCAAUUUCCAUGCCUGGAAGUCUUCCUACCUUGGGGAUGUCUGACAGCCCUUCAUCAUCAAUAUCUUCAAGAUCUAUCCCUAUCACGUUGGCUGACAUUAAGCACACAUUUGAGAAGACAGCUACAUCUGUAACUCCUGGGACCAGACUCACACUGAAUCCUUCUGGCGCCACUUCAGGAUCUAUGCUUUCAGAGGCUACCAGUUCACCCAUACUGGCUUGGAUUUUAUCUACGCUUCCUUUGGGUCCUCCACUGGUGACUGUAUCCAAUAGUCCUCACAUAACUCCUACAGUAGAAGUGUCAAAGUCCACAUUUCUGACUUCUGACACUACACCAACGCACUCAUUCACUAAAUUUACAACACUACCCUUUGCUGCCAUAAGCACGGCACUCACCAAAACCACUCCUGCACCUACAGUGGGCAGUAUCACUGCUGGCUUCACAAUUUCUCUCCCUAUGUCUAUAAAAAUCACAAAUGCCAGUACAUACACUUCCAAAUUCGCUGAGGCAUCUUCCAGAACCACUGUGACUGCCAACUCCAGGACUGUGUCUCAACCUCUACCCUUUAGCAGAAUGAGUAGGUUGCCUCCUACAACUGACCACACCCUAUCUAUGAGUUCCACGUUUCUGCCUAGCCCCACAGUAACAUCUGCAUGGAGUAAAAUCUCACCUGCAUCAUCAUCCCCUACUUUAGUUCUUCCUAAGCCCACACUGGACUCCCUUCCAAAUAUAACCGCCAGUACACUUACUGCUACCACAGCCUCAUUUCCACUCACAUCCACUGGAGUAACACAUCCUUCUACAGCAACUGUGUCUUCACUACUUUCUUCCUCUUCUGAGACAACCUGGCUGGACCCCACGUCUUCUUUUCUAUCUAUGGAAACAUCAACUUCACUUAUUGCCACUAAGUCUACAGUUUCCUUCUACAAUAUUGAAAUGAGCUUCUCUGUGUUUGAUGAAGAGCCAAGGAUCCCUAUUAUCAGUGAUGUAAAUGAAUUUGCAGAAAAUUGGUUGAAUUCUAUAUUUCAGGACAGUGAAUUUGCUGUUGCUAAUCUGGUUAUUCAAAUUAAAAGCAGAAGCACUUCUGAGGGAGAAAUAACCAUGGACCGCAUUAUUUUGGAACAGAGAGAAGGGCAAGGAAUGGCUACAAUUUCCCAUGUACUAUCCAGCUAUGUUUGUCGGGCUAUCCUAAAGGCCAGCUCUUCUUUAGCAGCCAUCGAAUUGAUGAGCAGGAUCAAACGUAAAAUACAUGACAACCUCACACAUGGAAACUUCACCCAAGGUCAACUAACGUUAUUAGUGAAAUCUGAACACGUUGUGGAAAAACUAGAGCCGGGAAAGUGUGAAGCCCAGGAGACAGUCUCUAAAUACAAAGGAACCUAUAAAUGGCUCUUAACCAACCCUACUGAGACAGCCCAAACUAGAUGCAUAAAAAACAGGAAUGGAAAUGCUACUAGAAUCUGCUCAAUCAAUAUCAAUACUGGCAAAUCUCAGUGGGAAAAACCAAAGUUGAAACAAUGCAAACUGCUUCAAGGACUUCCUGAUAAGAUCAUGGAUCUUGCUAACAUUACUAUCAGUGAUGAGAAUGUGGAUGAUGUUGCAGAGCACAUUUUUAAUUUAAUAAAUGAAUCCCCUCUUCUGGAUGAAGAAGAAACAAAGAUUAUUGUUUCUAAAGUAUCUGAUGUUUCACAAUGUCAUGAGAUAAGUAUGAAUCUAACCCAGGUUAUAUUACAAAUAAUCAAUGCUGUUUUGGGAAAGCAAAACAAUUCAGCAUCUGAUCUGCAUGAAGUAAGAAAUGAAAUUCUGAGGAUAAUUGAGCGUGCUGGUCACAAGAUGGAGUUUUCUGGGAGGACAGCUAAUCUGAUGGUAGCCAGGCUGGCAUUGGCUGUCCUGCGGGUGGACCACACAUUUGAAGGCAUGGCCUUCAGCAUUCAGUCCUAUGAAGAAGGCACAGACCCUGAGAUUUACCUUGGUGAAGUCCCUCCGGGAAGGGCUUUGGCUUCCAUCUAUCUGCCUCAAUCACUGAGGGAGAGAAUUCCUCUUAGCAGCUUGCAGACCAUCUUGUUUAAUUUUUUUGGCCAAACUUCACUGUUUAAGACCAGAAAUGUCACAAAAGCAUUAAGCACCUUCGUUGUGAGUGCCAGCAUUUCAGAUAUGUCUAUUCAAAACUUGGCUGAGCCAGUGGUAAUCACUCUGCAGCAUGUGGAAGGAAACCAGAGUUAUGAUCAAGUACACUGUGCCUUUUGGGAUUUUGGGAGUAACGAUGGGCAAGGUGGAUGGAAUUCAUCAGGCUGUAAAGUAAAGGAAACGAAUGAAAAUCACACAAUCUGUCAGUGUGACCACCUCACCCAUUUUGGAGUCUUAUUGGAUUUAUCCAGGUCUGCAGUGGAUGCAGUGAAUGAACAGAUAUUAGUGCUUAUAACAUACAUUGGAUGUGGAAUCUCCUCCAUUUUCCUGGGAGUUGCAAUGGUGACAUACAUAGCUUUUCACAAACUUCGAAAAGAUCAUCCUUCCAAAAUCCUGAUCAACCUGUGCACAGCACUACUGAUGUUAAACCUGACCUUUCUGGUCAAUUCCUGGUCAUCGUCAUUUCAGAAAGCUGGACUGUGUGUCACAGCUGCCAUGGCCCUUCAUUACUUCCUGCUCGUUUCCUUGACUUGGAUGGGCCUGGAGGCGGUCCACAUGUAUUUGUCUCUUGUCAGAGUCUUCAACAUAUAUGUCCCCAAUUAUAUACUUAAAUUUUGUCUAGUUGGUUGGGGAAUCCCAGGGGUCAUGGUGGCAAUCACACUCAGUGUGAAAAAAGAUCUGUAUGGAACGCUGAGCUCAACGACUCCAUUUUGUUGGAUUAAAGAUGAUUCUAUCUUUUACACCUCAGUUGUGGCUUAUUUUUGCCUCAUAUUUCUAAUGAAUCUCUCCAUGUUCUGCACUGUUCUUGCUCAACUGAAUUCCAUGAACUCCCAAAGCCGCAGGACCCGGCGGAAGAUGAUCCUGCAUGACCUUAAAGGCACAACGAGCCUGACAUUCUUACUUGGCCUCACCUGGGGGUUUGCUUUUUUUGCCUGGGGACCUGUAAGGAUCUUUUUCUUAUAUCUUUUUGCCAUUUUCAACACGUUGCAAGGAUUCCUCAUUUUCAUGUUUUACUGCGUAAUGAAGGAGAGUGUGCGGGAGCAGUGGCAGAUACACUUCUGUUGUGGGUGGUUACGACUGGAUAACUCUUCUGACAGGGACAGCAGGUGUGGGCUACAUGUUGGGUAUAAACAAGAGAGAUUGAAGAAAACCUUCCAGAACAAAUUGUUGACACCAUCCCUCAAGUCAACUAUGACGAGUUCCACUUUGAAAUCUUUAGGCUCUGCACAAUGCACUCUUUCGGAAAUAUGCUUUCCAAAUGGUGACUUUGAUGAAGAUCCCUACUGUUUCUCUCCCUUGAGUUGCGAAGUUGUGCCUAAUUAUGUGAGAAGAAUAUUACCUGUGGAAGUCAAAAUGAAUUCCACUCACAAACAGAGAUUUCUUGAAUAA